AAGCUUGGUGAUGGAGUGAGGGAGGGUCUAUUUGCCUCGCGUGCGGACGCCACAUGCAGAAGCCUGACUCUCACAUUCUCCGGGAACAUGACCAGCCCUUCAAGGCACUACAUGCAUGGACUUGGAAGGUCCUUAACGUGCUUAUACAUAUAAAAUAUGUCAUAUACCUGCGUCGUGAGUUAGACGUGCAUGGAGUCUUAAUCUUUUCCGGCGCCUAAUAAAUCGUCUAAGUUUUGCUUGGUAACUGGUUCAUAUCACCGAAAAGUCUGCCUCUCGCAUUGUCUGAUACACCAAAAGUUUCUUGACUACAGCCUUCAAGAUGAAGUACUCCUACGUCCUCCUCGCCACCGCUGGCCUCGCCGUAGCUCAACAAAAGUUCACCGACGUCGUCCCCAAGUGCUCCAUCGAGUGCCUUACCAAGGCCGUAAAGGACGGCACAAAAUGCAGCAGCAUCGACGACUCUGCCUGCAUCUGCGAGGCGGACAACUACCGCAGCAUCUACACCGUCGGCGUCAACUGCGUGCUUCAAGCCUGCGGCUCUGACGUUGCUAUCGGUCAACUCCUCCCCGCCGCUGGCAAGUUCUGCCGCGAGGUCACCGGUGGCGCUUCCGCCCCUCCCGUCGAUUCUGCCUCUGCCUCUGCCUCUGCCUCUGCCUCUGCCUCCGCCUCCGUCGUCGUCUCUUCCGCCAUCGCCUCUCUGUCGUCUGCUGCCACUUCUGCGUCUACUGCGGCUUCCAACGCGACUGCCUCCAUCUCGGUCACCGCCACACCGACUGCUGGCGCUAGCGGCACAGCUGCCACGGCUACCACUGCUUCCCAGGCUGGUGCUGCUCCUGCCUUGGCUUCUAUGGGUGCCCUUGGCAUGCUUGUACUCGGGGGUCUUGCUGCUUUCUAGAAUAACCUGAUCCAGGAGAGGUGUGGCUGAUGGAGUAAUGCAGGAGAAGAGGUUGCGAGUAAAGAUUGCGCGACAGAUCAGUCUACGAGGCACCUGGUAAA